UGACGUCCAGUUUUUUCAGUAGCAAGCCAGGGUGUUGACAGCCCCUUACACAGCGGACACGGCCGGUCCCCUGGCGAUGACAAUACUGACGACGUAUUUCGGGAAGACGACGAAUCGGGCUCGGACUCAGACGCAAGCAUUCUGAGGGACGUCCGUGAAGAGGAGGGCGAGUUCCGUGAUUCACUUCUGAUGAUCAUCGUGGACGAACCUACUUCGCCAGCAAGAAUGAUGUCUAGCAGUCACGAAAAUGAGGAUUCGUACAGCUCCUUAGACAUUGAUGAAGCCCUUGAGGAAGUGAUGAAAGAAGAACGCAUGGACAGUGAAUUGGAACUGCUUCCACUGCAGUCUGAAAUUCCCAGUGAUUUUGGGUAUAACGAGGUCGUUUGCAAAGAUUUUGAGUCUCCCUUAAAAGAGAUGGGCCUCUCCAUUACAGAAAAUGGUAGACCAAAUGACGUGAAAGAAAAUGGUGAGGGUAUUGAUCAAGCUAUCGAGAGGGUAACUAUGCUAAAACAGAAUUUACACAGUGAAAGGGAACCAAGCUUGGAAUACACGAUUUUAACUGAGAAAAACUACCAACCAAGUGAAUUUGAAAAACAAGUAGAAAAGGACACACUAAUUUCUAACGAAAAGAAAUACGAUGCAACAAACAAUAUUCAUGAUCAUGAAGUGCAAUCUGUUCAAACGGAAUUACUGAUUGAGGACUCUGUGUAUCAGAUAUCAGAAAAGGUGUCGAGUGAAAUGGAAUGUGUUCAUGAAUAUACGCCUGGUAAUAGAACGAAUGAAGAUAAAACAGCUGAAGAAAUAACAAAAGAGAGCUGCCCAGGUAAUGUAAUGACAGACGAUCAAGUUCUCAGUAUUACAGAAAACACUUACGUUAUUGAUUUAGACAAUGAAGGGGUAACUCUAGAAUUCUCGAAACCUCGCCCUCUGGUAACCGAUUUCCCGAAAGAAGAAAUGAAAAACGACGACGUGAAGGCAGAUGAGGUCCGAGAAACGCACGAAACACCAAAAGAAACGAAAAUUUUCGAGAACAUGUUAGAAAAUUUGGUAGACGCAGCCGAAAAUGUCUCGCAAAUUACUGACGGGAGGGAAGACGCAGAAAGAGUGAUCAGCGAGGAUUCAAGCGAGACGGAAGAAACGACGCCAUCGACAGGGAACGAAAACGAACGCCUUCCGGUUGCACAGGAGGAAAGAAGCAACAUGCAGCAGCCGAACGAAGAUGUCGGAAGCACAGAAAACUCGGAACAAAUGCAUUCCACUUUGCAACAAGUCUUGGGCGGAACAUCGAUCCGGCGGGAUAUUGAGGCCGAAACCGACUCGCUGAUGCCCCGCGAGGACGGAAGCGAAAGAGGAGAGAGAGAGAGAGGAGGAGAAAUGGGAGAAAUGGAGGGAAGAAGCGAGAGGGGAGGAGAAAUGGGGGAAACAGAGGGAACAAGUGAAUCUGGAAGUGAAUCGGAAAUGGAAAGAGGGGAAAGAGAAAGAGAAAGAACGGGGGAGAGAGCCGCAAUCCGCGAUAACAAAGAACCAGAGCCUCUUCUCAGGCCCUCCAGUAACCCCCUAGUGAACGCGAGCGAAUCACUUUUAACGCGCUUGGCUCUCAACAAGAAGUCCUUUGGAGAUCUCCAUACCUCAGGGGACGUCGCGAAGCCUCGGGCCCAUCCUCCUCCUCCUCUCCUGACGGGGAAGACGGCGAAGAAAGUGCGAUUCCCCGACGAUGGGAACCUCGCCACGCACUACACACCGGAAGCCGCA